CCGAUACUCAAUGUUAUCGAGCAUCGAUGAGCAGGUACAAUCACAAGCAGCUGGUUCAAAAUUGUCAUUUGAACCUGCCCCUUACUUUACACAUAACGACGCAGUUUCCACUCGCCGUAGUCGAAAUCACAUAUCUGGAGUUCCAGACGCCUAGUUAUAGUCCGGGAGUAGGUGGAACAUGUCGAAUACUUCAGUUCGCCCGAUUCCAACGCUAAAGGGCAUCUUUUCGGUGCCGCGCGUCACACAGUCCAGAAACUUCCUGAAGGAAAACAAGGUGAGCUUGCGCUCGCUGGAGAAGUCCACCAGCCAGAAGUUGGCUGCUAAAGAGCCAGUACGCCCGAAAUGGAUGCCUUCGCUGCGACGCACUUCCUCCGAGAUGGGGGAGUCGAAGAUGGAGAAACCGGCAGCUAGGGGAAAGCCCGAAAAACAGAACUCGUUCCAGAAUGCCUGCAGCACCUCUCGCUCGCAGCAGCAACUGGCCGUGGCAGUUCCGGCGGAAGGCGAGCGCUUCGAUGGUCUGGAGGAGCGCAAUCCCAUCUUAUAUGAGCCGUCGGAGGAUUUUGAAUCCCAUAAUCUCUUAGAGUCUUCUUCGGAUCCAACCUUAGAACGCUGUCAAUCGUGUGGCACAAAUCGGAGCUCCACCAGCAUAGCCAUUCAAACUGAGGACAUUACUGACGAGCUCUAUCUAACAAAUGCUCUUAAAAAAUGCAACUUUGAUGCUAGAUCUAUAAUGGAGGAACCCGGUACAAACUACAGGGAAAACUACAAGCCAAUGCGAUAUGAAAACGAGGAAGAAUUGGAACAGCUGCCACUUUCAGCGCGAUCGAACUCUUCGAAGCAGAGUCGAUUCCAUAUGUCCGAAGCGGAGGCAAUGCCCAUGACCGAGGUCGAGCCUACAAACUACGGCGCUUCGGACGACGAGGCACCACUUAGUGCUCGUAGUCGCUUCACAACGGCCUCCAAUGUCACCACCAUCACCUCUAAGUCAAAGCGUCGAGAGCAUAAACUGGGAUCCCGAGAUGAGGUGCGCUUGCCGCGUUACCUGGAAAAGCAGAAGCGCGAAAAGGAAGUGGCUAAGCAGCUUGCGGAAUCGCUGGAUCCCGACUGUCCCCGUGGCCAUGUAUUGCUCAGCGAUCAGGACCGACUGACGCACCUCACCAAUGCUAAAAAACGCUACGAGCAGCUUGUCAAUGAACUGAACCACAUGCCCAUGACCGCGCAGACGUUGAGGGUGCGCAACCGCAAGGCGGAGAUCGACAAGGAGCUGACCAUAGUGGAGGAGGACAUCCGCAUAUACUCCAAGGCAAAGGUCUUCGUGCUGGCCAACAAGUCGCGCCAAUUGUGAAAACUCGUGUAGCUCCCAAAAACCUUGAAGCAUUCCAUCGACUGAGCUACUGGAAACUUGGAUUUCCAAAACACGCGUGUUCCUUUCAACUAUGCCUUACGUUGAUUAUAUAUUUUUUAGCUGAGAUUUGGAUCGUAGACCUAACCCAAUAGCAUUCUGACAACAUAACGAGCGAUCCGAUCAACCAGCAACUAGAGAUACUUAUUAAAAACCGCUCAUCCAACUUACCUCCAUACUCUCGUCCACCUGGUUGUUGUUCGUGUCCUCGGUUUCCCUCGGUCGUUGCCGCAACUCCCCAUCAUCAUAAUGAUGCAACGUUUCUUUUUGGCUCGACUUUGAUUUUCGAGAGUCCUUUGGAUCGAUUUUGUACUCCCUCAUCAAGUACAUGGCCGCAUCCGAAUGUGGCGGCGCCUUCAGGAAGCGAGCUGUCAUGUCCCCGUUGUUGAGACCUUUGAGUGUGUUUAUGCCUCCCGGAUGCUUGCGCAUAAACUUGGACAAGUCGUAAUACUGCUGGCGAUACUUCACUAUGAACUUGUCUGCCGACUCCGCUUCCUUUGGCAUAUCCAUCUCGAUGGGCAUCAAUUUGACAACUGCAAUGCGAAAAACAAUCGGAUAAGACUUUGUUGUUCCUUUACGAGCAUAUUACAUCCACUGAUUAUUUUUAUUAAUUACUUUGCGUGCACAGCAGCAGCAUGAUGUCAUAUUGUACCAGACACGGUCAAUUAAAUAUAUAAUGCA